AUGGAAGCUGCACUAAAGAACAAUCCCAAAUCCAUCCUGACCCAACAGAACAAUCCCAAAUCCUCCUGGCCCAACAGGAUCCAUCCUGACCCAACAGGAUCCCCCAAACUCAUCCUGGCUCAACAGGAUCACCCCAAGGAUCAUCCCAAAUCCAUCCUGACCCAACAGGAUCAUCCCAAAUACAUCCUGACACAACAUGAACAGAACAAUCCCAAAUCCAUCCUGACCCAACAGAACAAUCCCAAAUCCAUCCUGACCCAACAG